AUGCUCUCUACUCUCGGAUCUGUUCUGCUUCUCCUUGGCAGCACUGGGCUGACCAACGCUGCUGUCGUCAGCACCGGCACCGUAGAAGCCAGAGCUGCUUCUCCCCCGUCGCCGCUGCAGCCCGGCAUCGCCGCGAACUGCAACAAGUGGUACAUGGUCAAGCCGCACGAUUAUUGCGCCGCAAUUGCGGCCGAGCACGGCAUUUCGACGGAAAAGUUCAUUCAGUGGAACUCGGGCGCCGGUCCCGAGUGCAAGUCCCUCUUGUCCGGGUACUAUGCCUGUGUCGCGGUUGACAGCGAGCCGAAGCCAACACCCGUCAAGCCCGAGAACGGCAUCAAAACGCCUUCUCCCUUCCAGGCCGGCAUGGUGAAGAACUGCAACAAGUUUCAUUUCGUCCAGCCCAAGCAGACUUGCCUCGACGUCGAGCGCGCGACUGGAGCCAAGGUCGCGGACCUGAUCAAGUGGAACCCGGCCAUUGGCCACGACUGCACCACCAUGUGGGCAAAGACUCAUCUCUGUGUUGGCGUUGUGGGUUAA